CCGGGAGCCUGCGGGGAGGCGGAGUCGCCUGGGCCGCAGCUGCGGCCGUGCUCGGGAUUUGAAAGAUUAUAAAGUCCGGGCGGAGAGGGCGGCGGCGGCGGCGGAUGCGCGUGUGGCGGAAGCGCCGGCGGCAUGAACUACCCGGGCCGCGGCGCCCCGCGGAGCCCCGAGCGUAACGGCCGCGGCGGCGGCGCCUGGGAGCUGGGCUCGGACGCGGCGGGCGCGUUCGGCCGCGGCGGCGGCGGCGGCGGCGGCGGCGGCUGCUGCUUCGAGCACCAGCCGGGCGACGGCGUGCAGCUGGCGCUGCUGCGCGCGGACUCCCUGCUGGCCCCGGGCGCCGACGACCUGAGCCACCUGGCCCUGGACCCGUGCCUCAGCGACGACACCUACGACUUCAGCUCGGCCGAGUCGGGGUCGUCGCUGCGCUACUUCAGCGAGGGCGAGAGCGCGGGCGGCGGCGGCUCCUCCUCGCCCCCGCCGCCGCUGGUCGCCCCGAACUCGGGGGGCGGCGGGGCGGCGGGAGGGGGCCCCGGGGACAGGAAGCGCGCCCGGCCCGGCGGCGCGGCCGCCCGGCACCGCUACGAGGUGGUGACGGAGCUGGGCCCCGAGGAGGUGCGCUGGUUCUACAAGGAGGACAAGAAGACCUGGAAGCCCUUCAUCGGCUACGACUCGCUGCGCAUCGAGCUCGCCUUCCGGACCCUGCUGCAGACCACGGGCGCCCGGGCUCGCGCGGAGGGCCGCGACGGGGACGCGGCGUGCGGCCCGGCCCCCGGCUUCCCGGAGGACGAUGACGAGGACCGCGCCUGCGGCUUCUGCCCGCGCGCGUCGGUGCCCGAGCCGGAGAUGGAGGAGCUGGUGACCAUCGAGCCGGUGUGCGUGCGCGGCGGCCUCUACGAGGUGGACGUCACUCAAGGAGAGUGCUACCCGGUGUACUGGAACCAAGCUGAUAAAAUACCAGUGAUGCGCGGACAGUGGUUCAUUGAUGGGACUUGGCAGCCUCUAGAGGAAGAGGAAAGUAAUUUAAUUGAGCAAGAACACCUCAGCUGUUUUAGGGGUCAGCAGGUGGAAGAAAAUUUUGAUAUUGAAGUGUCAAAAUCCAUAGAUGGAAAAGAUGGCAGUGGAAUCAACUAUUCUGUUGUCUACCACAUACCUCCCUUCUCCCUCCCUUCUCUGUUCAAAUGGAGAGGAAAUAAGGAGAGUACAGAUGCCACAGGUCUUAAGCGAAAGCGUUCCCAAGCUGUUCAUAGCUACAAACUGAGUCGGAAUCACGUGGAUUGGCAUAGCAUGGAUGAAGUCUAUCUCUACAGUGAUGCAACCACAUCCAAAAUUGCAAGAACAGUUACCCAAAAACUGGGGUUUUCUAAAGCCUCCAGCAGCGGGACCAGGCUUCAUCGCGGGUACGUAGAGGAAGCCACUCUGGAAGACAAGCCGUCCCAGACCUCUCACAUCGUGUUUGUUGUGCAUGGCAUCGGGCAGAAGAUGGACCAAGGCAGAAUCAUCAAGAACACAGCCAUGAUGAGAGAAGCUGCAAGAAAAAUAGAAGAAAGACAUUUUUCCAACCAUGCAACACAUGUUGAGUUUCUGCCUGUUGAAUGGCGGUCAAAGCUUACUCUUGAUGGAGACACUGUUGAUUCCAUUACCCCUGACAAAGUGCGAGGCUUGAGGGACAUGCUGAACAGCAGUGCAAUGGACAUAAUGUACUAUACCAGCCCACUUUACAGGGAUGAGCUAGUUAAAGGCCUUCAGCAAGAGCUGAACCGAUUAUAUUCCCUUUUCUGUUCUCGGAAUCCAGACUUCGAAGAGAAAGGGGGUAAAGUCUCAAUAGUGUCCCAUUCCUUGGGGUGUGUAAUCACUUAUGACAUCAUGACGGGCUGGAAUCCAGUUCGACUGUAUGAGCAGCUGCUGCAGAAGGAGGAGGAGCUGCCUGACGAGAGGUGGAUGAGCUAUGAAGAGCGGCAUCUUCUGGAUGAGCUCUAUAUGACAAAGCGACGGCUGAGGGAAAUAGAAGAGCGGCUGCAUGGACUGAAGACAUCAGCCAGAACACAGACACCUGCCUUAAAGUUCAAGGUUGAGAAUUUCUUCUGUAUGGGAUCCCCACUCGCAGUUUUUUUGGCGUUGCGUGGCAUCCGACCAGGAAAUACUGGAAGUCAAGACCACAUUUUACCUAGAGAGAUUUGUAACCGCUUGCUAAAUAUUUUUCAUCCUACAGACCCAGUGGCCUACAGAUUAGAACCAUUGAUUCUAAAACACUACAGCAACAUUUCUCCUGUCCAAAUCCACUGGUAUAACACGUCAAAUCCUCUACCUUACGAGCAUAUGAAGCCAAACUUUCUCAACCCAGCAAAAGAGCCUACCUCAGUUUCCGAGAGUGAAAGCAUUGCAAGUCUCCCCAGCCCUGUGACCUCCCCCGUCUUAUCCCGGCGCCACUACGGAGAAUCCAUAACUAACAUUGGCAAAGCAAGCAUAUUGGGGGCCGCCAGCAUUGGAAAGGGGCUUGGAGGAAUACUGUUCUCGAGAUUUGGGCGUUCUUCAGCAUCGCAGCCAUCUGACACGUCUAAAGACACAAUGGACGAUGACAAGAAGCCUGUUGCUUCACCCUCUACUACCAACGUGGCCACACAGACCCUGCCGCACAGCAGCUCCGGCUUCCUCGACUCUGCAUAUUUCAGACUUCAAGAAUCGUUCUUUUAUCUCCCACAACUUCUUUUUCCGGAAAAUGUAAUGCAGAGUAAAGAUGAUAGCCUCGGUAUGGUCUAUGUCAGGAGUGGCGCUCAGCGUUCUGGGAACAGUCUCCUUAGAGUGGAGCUGGAGCACAGGAUCGACUUUGAGCUGAGAGAGGGCCUUGUGGAGAGCCGCUACUGGUCAGCCGUCACGUCGCACACCGCCUACUGGUCAUCCUUGGACGUCGCUCUAUUUCUGUUAACGUUCAUGUACAAACAGGAGCAUAAUGAUGCAAAGCCCAGCCUAGAUCCAAUCUGAACUCUUGAAGGAUAUGAAUGGCCCAAAACUUUCUUUGCUGUUAAAAUGUGUCAAGAUAUGGAGAUUUCAAGGUUCCAGUUUUGUUUAGGGCAAGAAAUAUUUUAAUUUAAAAGCACUUUAUUUUUAAAAGAGAAAAAAAAACACAUUUUCAGUUCUAAAGGAGUUAUUUACUGUCUGUCGUUUUGAUUGUGAGCCUAGCAGAGGCCUGCACAGAAUAGCACGGUGGAAGUGCACAGGGGUAGGCGCCCUGCCUGAGGCAGCCACCGCAGUCCUCCAGAAUGAAUCCAACACAGAGUGCUAAUCAAGAGAAGCCCAGUCCAUCUGCGGUAAAGACUGCAUGAUGCAUCUGUGGGGUCAUGGGUUUGGAUCCUGUGCAGGUUUCCAUGACCACAGUUCCUUUGAAGGAAGAACAUAAGAAAUUUUAAAUGUUCUCAGUUUAACUUGUUUCGAAAAACUAAUGCUAAAAAGCAAUAUUUGAACUACUGUACUUAUAACUUAUCUCUAACUAGUUAUUUCAGUGUAUGAAACAUUUUUAAUGUUUCAUUUGAGCCACAUUUAUUUUGUAUCAUGUCGAGGUCCCUUUUUCUUAAAACUUCAUCUUUGCAGAUGAAUAGGUGAUCCUGAGGCAUACUUUCAGGGUUUUUGGGUUUUUUUUUGGUUUUGGUUUUGUUUUUCCAUUAAAGAUGUGGUUUUACACAGCCCUAGUUCAAUUAUUUUUUAAUUUUUUUUUUAAUGUCACAUGUACUUCAGAGAAAGCUGCAAGUUUUCAGCACAGGCCUCCACACUGCGUGUAUGCAUUAGCUGUAUUAGAACAUUAGGAAACAGCUUUGGGCUAGAGAGUGUGACAGCUUGACAGGUAGGAACAUCUCUGUGCCAAACAGCUAACACGUGAAGGGAUAGAGUGCCACUGACAGUCCCUAUUUAAAGCGCUAAAGAAAACAUGGUGGCUUGGGCACAGAGACAGACGCUGCGGCGCUGGGGAGGGUUCCGGGUCGUGCUUGUCCCACAGUGCUUUCACCUGAGGUGUGCAUUCAGCGAGCUGUAUAAGCUUUGCGUUCGUGAAUGCCUGUCGCCGUCUCACGUGUUAACACACCGAGGCACCAGGUUUUAAAGUGCCUUCCAUCAGGUACACAGCAAGUGGAGAGUUCGGCUUGUAGCCAGACCAUGCUCUUCUGCGCUAUUUAAUCACGUCACUCGUGAGUGACCUUAAGAAGCCUGCAAAUAGUAGGUCGGAGCAUGACUGUGAAGAUACAUUCUAGGUUCUUACGCGGAGGAGGAGUUAACGUCAAGGGAGCAGUAGUGGCCCUGCCACAGCCAACCCUCGCUUUUGAUGGCUCUCCCUAGGCUCCACUCAAGGUGCUGUCUUUCCUGUGUGUGAGGAACUUAGUGGGUUCUGGCAGUCUGUCAGCUAGGAGCAGAGCUGCUCAGCCCACACCUCUCUUGCUCUUUUCUCUGUACGGUGGCAGAGCCCGUGGCUUUUUAUGGGUGUUGCUCCUUGCCCUCACCACUGUCCUCCUCAGCUGCCAUUGAAUUUGCUCAACAUACAGCAGCACUUCUUUAUAGUGUUUUAAGAAUUCCAAGGCGUGUGACCAGGUGUGUGGCUCACAAAAACCCUAGCUCGACAGGCUUUUAAUGAAUCUCAGCAGAGCUAAGCAUCAUCAUUAAGUUGGCAGUUCCUGUGAGCUCAGGUCAUCUUCAUAGCCUAUUUAUUUAGCAGGUCUCUGUAAUUCUCAGGAAAACUAAACCCAUGUCUGUCGUAUAGCUGUCCUUAAAAGUAGCAGAGCAUAUGCUGGACAUGAACUGAAAGGCAAAGUCUGCUUCCGUGAGCAAAGUGUGUCCACUUGCUUUUCCUCACACUGCAAAGCAGUCGAGCUUCCCUCCCUGGGCGUGUGUCAGGUCUGGGGAGGAGCAGCACUCAGACCACCCCUUCAGUGAACAGUAGAUGUCCCGCACUUCUGGACAGCUGCUUCCAGUCCAUGAUCUCAUCGGUACUGAUGGCAGUUUUGGUUUUAUCGCUCUCGUCACCCCGUUUCUGCAUGUAAUCAUGGGAUGUGCUUGUACACACUAAAUAUACAAAGUGUAUGAUUCUGACGCUUUAGAAGCGAAGUCAGUUACCAAGUUGACAGUUCACAAUUUUACUCCAAGUACUAAAUUGGCCCCCAAAAGUCCUGAUUUUGAUACUAUUAAAAGUCUAUUCUCUA